GCUAACCGCUACUUCCGUCGACUAGGCGGCUGUAGUGAAACCAAAGCUGAAUAUAAACAUUACUGCACUGAAAGCGAAGCUGCUAAACGUCCAUCGACACCAGGCAACCAGCAGCAGCACUGAUACUCCAGAGGGUCUCUUUCAAAAUGCCUCAGACCAACAAGUCAGUGAGCAGUGGAGGUGCGCAAGGUCAAGUAUCUGCCCCAGACCAGGGUGAGCCGCCGCCACCACAGGAAGUCAGGAACCAGGGAGUUGCUGGGGAUGGAGGUGGUGGUGCAGGGGCAGGUGGAGGUGAAAGAGUCGCUGUGGAGGAUCAGGGAGACCCAGAGAUCGUCAGAUCACCCAGUGACCCGAAGAAAUACAGAUACAUUAAGCUGAGUAACGGCCUGCGAGUGCUCCUCAUCUCCGACUUCAGCAGGACUGAUGGAAAGGAAGGCAGUGAAAACGGAGAGGACAAGGUGGAGGCAGAGGACAGGGAGGAUCAGCAGGAAGAGAGGGAAGGCGAGGAAGAAGGGGAUUCUGGUGAGGGGUCGGAGGAGGAAGAGGAGGAGAAUGAAGAGGAAGAGCAGGACAGUGACUUUGAUGAGCUGGACGAGGAUAACGCAGAGAAGAAGAAGAGAGGGAGCUGUGAGAAGCAGGCGGCAGCUGCUCUGUGCAUCAGUGUGGGGAGCUUCAGUGACCCGGACGACCUGCCCGGCCUCGCCCACUUCCUGGAGCACAUGGUGUUUAUGGGCAGUGAGAAAUACCCAGCGGAGAAUGGCUUUGACGCCUUCCUAAAGAAGCACGGUGGGAGCGACAACGCGUCCACCGACUGUGAAAGAACCAUUUUUCAGUUCGACGUGCAGAGGAAGUAUUUCAGAGAAGCGCUCGACAGGUGGGCUCAGUUCUUCAUCUGUCCUCUGAUGAUAGAAGAUGCCAUCGAUAGAGAGGUGGAGGCCGUGGACAGUGAGUAUCAGUUAGCGAGGCCGUCUGACUCCCAUCGUAAGGAGAUGCUGUUUGGGAGUCUGGCUAAACCAGGACACCCUAUGAGCAAAUUCUGCUGGGGUAACGCUCAAACAUUAAAGCACGAUCCCAAAGAGAAGCAGAUCAACACCUACCAGCGGCUCAGAGACUUCUGGAGGAGAUAUUACUCUGCUCAUUACAUGACGCUCGCCAUUCAGUCCAAAGAGACUCUGGACACUCUGGAGCAGUGGGUGAAAGAGAUCUUCAUCACAGUUCCCAACAACGAUGAACCUCAAGCCGACUUCUCUCAUCUCCUGCAGCCGUUUGACACACCAGUCUUCAACAAACUCUACAGAGUCAUCCCUGUGAGGAAGGUUCACGCUCUGACCAUCAGCUGGGCCGUACCGCCUCAGGGGAAACACUACAGAGUGAAGCCUCUUCACUACAUCUCCUGGCUGAUUGGACACGAAGGAACUGGCAGCAUCCUCUCUCUGCUCAGGAAGAAGUGCUGGGCUCUGGCUCUAUUUGGAGGAAACAGUGAGACGGGUUUCGACCAGAACACCACCUACUCCAUCUUCUCCAUCUCAAUCACCCUCACCAACCAGGGCUACCAGAACGUCUACCAGGUGGUCCAUCUGGUGUUCCAGUACUUGAAAAUGCUACAGACUCUCGGCCCCCAGCAGAGGAUUUACGAGGAAAUUCAGAAAAUUGAAGCCAACGAGUUCCACUAUCAGGAGCAGACGGAUCCCAUCGAGUUUGUGGAGAACAUCUGUGAGAACAUGCAGCUGUUUCCCAAAGAGGACUUCCUGACCGGAGAUCUGCUCAUGUUUGAGUUUGACCCGCAGGUUAUCAGUGAAGCUCUGUCCCCGCUGACUCCCGACAGAGCAAAUCUGCUGCUGCUGUCACCAGAGAACGAAGGACAAUGUCCACUCAAAGAGAAAUGGUUUGGUACCUGCUACAACAUGGAAGACAUCCUAGAGGAGUGGGCUCAGCGCUGGUCUGGAGACUUCGAACUCAAUUCUGAACUCCACCUUCCUGCUGAGAACAAAUUCAUCGCGUCGGAUUUUUCCCUGAAGGAGCCCGACUGUCCAGACACUGAGUUUCCUGUCAGGAUCAUGAACAACGAGCGAGGCUGUCUGUGGUACAAGAAGGACAACAAGUUCAAGAUCCCCAAAGCCUAUAUUCGUUUCAACCUGAUCUCCCCAAUCAUUCAGAACAGUGCUGAAAAUCUGGUUCUGUUUGACAUAUUUGUGAACAUCUUGGCUCACAACCUGGCAGAGCCGGCCUACGAGGCCGACGUGGCCCAGCUGGAGUACAAGCUUGUGGCCGGAGAGCACGGGCUGGUGAUCCGACUGAAGGGCUUCAACCACAAACUGCCGCUGCUGUUGAAACUGAUCGUGGAUCAUCUGGCAGACUUCAGAGCUGAGCCGGGCGUCUUCAACAUGUUCUCUGAGCAGCUGAAGAAAACCUACUUCAACAUCCUCAUCAAACCUGAGAGACUGGGCAAGGACGUCCGUCUGCUGAUCCUGGAGCACUGUCGCUGGUCAGUCAUUCAGAAGUAUCAGGCCAUCAUGAAGGGUCUGACUGUCGAUGACCUCAUGACCUUCGUCACUGGGCUGAAGGCGGAGCUGUACGUUGAGGGGCUGGUGCAGGGAAACUUCACCAGCACGGAGUCCAAAGAGUUUCUGCAGUACUUCAUUGAUAAGCUACAGUUCCAGUCUCUGUCAUCAGAGGUCCCUGUGUUGUUCCGGGUGGUGGAGAUCCCUCAGAAACAACAUCUCUGUAAAGUUAAAUCUCUUAACAAAGGAGACGCCAACUCUGAGGUCACAGUCUACUAUCAGUCGGGGCUGAAGAACCUCAGAGAACACGCUCUGAUGGAGCUGAUGGUGAUGCACAUGGAGGAGCCCUGCUUUGACUUCCUCAGGACGAAGGAGACACUGGGGUACCAGGUGUACCCGACCUGCAGAAACACCUCAGGGGUGCUGGGAUUCUCCGUCACCGUGGAAACACAGGCCACUAAGUUCAGCACCGAGUUGGUGGAAGCGAAGAUCGAGGAGUUCCUGGUCAGCUUCGGGGAGCGUCUGUCCGGUCUGAGCGAGGAGGCCUUCAGGACCCAGGUGACGGCUCUCAUCAAGCUGAAGGAAUGCGAGGACGCUCACCUGGGAGAGGAAGUGGACCGCAACUGGUUUGAGGUCGUCACACAGCAGUACAUCUUUAAGAGGCUCAACAAGGAGAUCGAGGCUCUGAAGAUGUUUUCUAAGGAGGAGCUGGUCUCCUGGUUCCUGGAACACAGAAACACCAACAACAGGAAGCUCAGUGUACAUGUGGUUGGUUUCGGGGUGGAGGAGAACGACCCACCAGAACCGAGCAGCUCCGACAGCCCUGACAACCCCCCCUCCUCGUCCUACGGUGAAGUGUGCGAGCUGACCUUCCUGCCGGCCUCCUCGCCGCUGCUCAAGGACACCACGCUCAUCACCGACAUCAGAGGGUUCACCUCCUCCCUCCCGCUCCACCCCUACCACAAAAUCCUCAGCUAGACCACUCUCACUGCAGACCGACAGGACGGAACUAAAGACCUACUUCUGUUAAUGAUAGUAAAGUAACCAUGUUCACAGCUCAUAUCGAAGAGGACACUUUUAGGAUGGACAUUUCUAAUGUGUUUAGUUCUUUUGUUUUAUGUACUCGCAUAAAACAAAAGAAAAAUAAAGGGUAAAAAAAAGCUGCAUUCUCAUGCCUUUGGAUAAAAAGUGUAAAUCUGGGCCUGUAUUUUUAAAGCAUCUCAUGCUGAAACGUUUUAUGACAGUUCAAAUAAUACACAGAACUUUAAAUGCAGAAAAAAACGUUUUUUCAAUGUAGCAUAAAGGCUCGACAUAUACAGGCAAAUAAGGAACUGAGUUAGUCAGCACAUAACAAAAUAAAAACAAUUCAAAUUUCUUCUUACUGAUAAAAAUGUAUCCAUGGUAAUAAAACUGCUAUAAAAUACUGUAUAGCUCAGAUAACAGGUGUAAUAUGAUCUAUAAUCUUGGGAAUUUCAGACAAAGUUGGAUAUUAUGUUACUGUGAAGAAGCGGAACAGAAAACUACAACAUAGCAUUCUGAUGGAUUGGUAUUAGUCUGAUUGUUAAUUGUUUUCGUUUUUGUUUUGGGCUGAGAACCACUUUGUACGAUUAUUCCCAGAUGAAGUGAACGCGGCGUGGCGACUCAGGGCUCUGGUUUAAAGUACAUCAAACAUCAAUGAAGGGCAGAUUUAUCAUUUCAAUGACACUUUAGCCAGUAUCACUGUAAAACAACAGCUAUGUUUAAUUUAUUGCAUAUGAUUUUACAUGUACGUAUUCAUACUUUAAUAAUGGAUGAUGUGAAAGAAAGCAAUGUAAAGACUAACCGUAUCUGGUGGCCAGUGACAAAAAAUGUUGUGUUUUAACUCAGAGCGGGCAGUAGUUUGUGGACACUGGAAAGUGCCACCAAAAUUAUUUUAAUUAAAUCAUUCAUUAAUGAAUUAACUGCAUUCCUAUUAAAA